CGGCUGGAGCUUCGGGUGGACGCUGGCGAGGCUGCGGAGCACCACAAGGUGAUCAUGGAGCUCAAGGCCAAAGGAUCCACCUCUAUCAAGGCACUACUUGUAGAGGACAUUAAAGUUUGUAGGUUGGUCCUCUCAAAAAUUCUACUCAAACUUCACUGUGAGGUUACUCUAGCGAUGAAUGGGAAGGAAGCUGUUGAUUUGUUCCUUGAGGGGAAAAAGUUUGACAUUGUUUUGUUCGAUAAGAAUAUGCCCAUCAUGACUGGUCCAGAGGCAAUUGUGAAGAUUCGUGCUAUGGGGGAAACUGAUGUGAAGAUGGCUGGGGUUUCUGCCGAUGAUCAUGCCAUGGAGGCAUUCAUGAGUGUUGGUGCUGAUUUAUUUGUGCCCAAACCAAUGAGGAUGGAGGCUCUCGGCCCUAUCAUUCAGGAGGUCAUCAACAAGAAGAAGAAUGACAUGGUCUAG